AUGGCUGGCCCAGGUGGUGGUCCUCCCCGACGCAGUCACACCAAGUCCCGCAAGGGAUGUGACAACUGCAAGCGUCGUCAUAUUCGCUGCGAUGAGAACUUCCCUCAAUGUCGCAAUUGCACUAAGCACAAGGUUCGAUGUCCGUAUCAAGACGUCCCUGUAGCCGACGACAGAUCUACUACGCCUGACAAGCCUGAUUUGUUGUGGAAUCCGGAGAUCGAAGCCGCCAUUGGAUCUUGGAGGGCAACAGGGCUCUUCCCAUUCCCCAGCCUCAACAUCUACCCGACGCCCGAUCCUCAGUACUUCACGAAUGAAGAGCUGAGGUUGAUUUACCAUCUCGCUGCGAUCUGCCACGAAUUAGGCGCUUUCGAUGCUGGCGGUUUCACAUUGUGGACACGCCAGAUUCCUACCAUCAUGAAGAUUGGCGCAACACAUCGCUAUGUAAUGGAGGCUUUGCUUGCCUUCUCUGCUAUGCACAUCGCCUUCUUAACAGAUUGUCCUAUGGUCGGUAACAUGGCGUACGUUCACCGCGGUAGUGCCCUCAAGGGACUGCAAGAAGCCAUCACCUCGUUCUCUCGAGAGACGUCCGAUGCCGUUUUGGCCGCCUCGCUCGUGCUUUCAUGGCAGGCCACAGACUGGCGAAGCUGGACCCAGCUUAUGCAAGGCACCUCGUCGGUCAUAGACGCUAUGGAGCCAUGGAAACACGAGUCUCAGUUUGGUGACUUCAUUGCCGAAAGCAGCACGUUUCCUACUGCGCCGCCAUCCCCGACUCCGGAUCACAAGCCCAACCAGCCGCGCAAGGAGGACUUCGAUGCUUUCCAAAGAACCAUCAACCAGCUCCAGAAGGUUGAAGCUCAUCUCAAACAGAACAAGGAAGACACAAAACUCAUUCAGCAACUGGCUUCAUUCCUCAAGGGUGCUCGCAAAGUCAGCCCGAUCCAGUCGGUAUCCCAGCAAUUCGAUCGACUCCAACCACUGAGGACCUGGCUCUUCUGGUUGCCUGUUAUGUGCCUGAAGCAGAACGGCGGAUCCCCGAGCGCGUUGGUUGUUAUUGCCCACUAUUACACCGCAGCGAUUUUGAUGGAGCGCCUGUUCCCUGAAAUCGGUGCGGCCUACUUUGGCAGUCUUUCCGUCGGACCAGUAGAGGAGAUCGCCCGACGACUCUAUUCGAUGAAGGUCUCUGGCAGCUUCGAGGGUAACAUGCAAACGCCUCUUGAGCUCAUGGACUUCCCUAUCCACGCUGUUGCAGAGUUUCGCAGUCGUAUGGGCUGGGUCGAACCUGCCAGGACACCAUCCUUCCCCCAGUUCACUGCGCCGAGCUACUACAUUCCCGACAACUCGUCCCAGGGCACGCCGACAUCGACUGCGUCUUACUUGGCUUAUGGUGAGAACCCAGCUUUCAGCUGGAGUACUGAGGACCUCUCUACAUUGAGCCACGAGCAGCACGAGGCUCCCAGUGCUGUUUGCCCCAGCCCAUUAACGAUAUCGUCCCCGUAUGUGGGCGGACAGUACCUUAACAUUCCGUCACCCUCGUAUGGUGGCUACAGCCCGGCUUCUUCUACCUUCGGUGAAGGUUCAAUCGUCUACAGCGACACUGAGGACUUUGGGUCAUAUGAUGGAGGCUUCACUGGAUAUCCGCCUCUUGCUCCUGCUGGAUCCAGCAACUAUGGCGUCGGAUCAUGGAUCACCACAUCGGCGGCACGCACUACUGGCUCAGAACACACCAGGUUAACCAAGGCGCUCAGGACUAUCCCUUAUGAACAAUCUAUCCAUCAGGAUCCGCUCGCAACGCCAGUAGUCCUAUCACCACAGCCGCAGCCCAUCAACUACACGCCAUCACCAUUGCCAUCGCCAUUCCUACAUCCACAAAUGAUGCAGGGUGCUCCUCGGUCCACCACACCUUUGUCGCUCUCGGCACCCUCACCUCAGUUCAUGUCCGCGCCUACAUUCGAGCCUCACCACCACCAUCAUCGCCAUACGUCAUCAAUCCCCUCUCUACCACUCUACGCCCAGGGCAAAGAGAAGAGAAUGUGA